AUGUCGUUUAUUACCUUCAUAAUUGACUAUGGGGCUCCGCCAUUACUUGUCCUCUCCCCUGUCCUUUCAUACGCGGAUCAGAUCAUGAGCAUACACCGGACAAAGACCUCGACCGGCUUCUCCUUAGAUAUACCAUUGAUUAUGCUCGUUGCUUCUAUAUUCAAAGUAUUUUUCUGGUUUGGGUCAUAUUAUUCGACUCCGUUACUUAUACAGGCGAUAUCGAUGGUCGGCGUGCAACUUAUGCUUCUUAAAGUUGCUCUCGAUAAUCGACCUUCCUCUGGUGUCGAGCACACUCCAUUCAUCGGGCAGGGGUCAGAGCCCGGUUUUGUUAGACCAUAUGGAUUCUGGCAAUGGAAGUCAGCCCGUCCAUAUUGGAUGUUCCUUGCUUACUUUACUCUAACACUUCUCGCCAUUCAUACUCUCCUUCCUCCAAUAUCGCGGUCUUCAGCAUACAUUGAGUUACUCGGGUUUAGCGGGCUCGGUGUCGAAGCUUUCCUACCCAUUCCACAAAUAGUCGCCAAUCAGCGUUCACGAUCAUGUAAGGGCUUCCGACCUUCGGUUCUUAUCUCUUGGCUCCUUGGAGAUGCUAUGAAGAUGAGUUACUUCUUUUUCAGCGGCGGUACAAUUCCUCUGGCGUUCAGGAUAUGCGGAGUGUUCCAGUGUUUUUGUGAUAUAUACCUGGGCUUUCAGUUUUACACAUUUGCGGACUGGCGUUCAUGGACAACGAAUGAUCUCCCAUCACUUGAUAGAUGGGGUAUGAAAUCAUCGGAUAUGCAGAUGUCAUAA